GGUGGGGGGGGUCCCGGCGGGCGGCGCUGGGGUUUCCAGGCGCUGUCCCUGGUGCUGCUGCUGGGGCAGGGCGCGCUGCUGGACCUCUACCUGAUCGCCGUCACCGACCUCUACUGGUGCAGCUGGAUCGCCACCGACCUGGUGCUGGCCGCCGGCUGGGGCAUCUUCUUCUGCCGCAACAGCCGGGCACGACGCCGGGAGAGGCACCCCCACCUUCCUCCCCACCCUCCACCUCCCCUUCCCACCGGCCCGCCGCCUCCACACCCGUUGCUGCUACACGGUCCCCCCGGUGGCCGAGGGGCCGGUGGCCGCGGGGCCGGCGCUUCCCCCCGCGGAGGCGACUUCGCCUACGCGCACCUGGCUUGGCUCAUCUACUCCAUCGCCUUCACGCCCAAAGCGGCGCUGAUCCUGGGCACUUCCAUCCUGGAGCUGAUCGAGCUGCGCCUGCCCCUGGGCACCACCGGUUUCCGCAUCACCCUGGCCCUCUCCGCCCCGCUGCUCUACUGCCUGCUGCGGGCCAUCGGCGCCGAGGGCACCGGGCAGCUUCUCCUCCCGCCGCAGCCGCCUCCGCAGCACCGAGCCGCCGCCGCUUUCCUCGCCACCUGCCUCGACUUGCUCGACAGCUUCUCCUUGCUGGAGCUGGUGCUGCAACCCGGCCGGCCGGCUCCUCUGCCCGCCCCGCUUCGCUACCUCCUCAUCGCCGUUUAUUUCCUCUGCUUGGCCUCUCCGGUGCUGUGGCUUUACGAGCUCAGCGCCGCCCGCCCCCCCGGGGCCGCCCGCCUCGCCCUCCACCUCCUGCUGCCCGCCGGGCUGCUGGACGCCCCUCUCCUGGCCCUGCGCUGCCUCCUUCUCCUCCGCUACCAGCAGCCCCUCUCCCUCUUCAUGCUGAAGAACCUUUUCUUCUUGACCUGCCGCGGCCUGGAAGCGCUGGAGACCUGCUGCCUCCUCCGCCCUUCCACCUCCCCGCCGCCCGCCAAGUACGGCCCCUCCGCCGCCGCCCCCGCCGCCCCGCUGGCCCACGGGCUGUCCGACGCCGACGUGGGGCCCCACGGGUACGUCAACGCCUUGGCGGUCACCGCCCAGGGCUGAGCAUCCUCACACCCACCCGCUCAG